AGAAAGACUUCUAUUGGUCUCCUUCGUAAUUCCACACUAUGAAAGCCCUAAUCCCCGUUCUCCUUGCCCUCGUGGCGUUUGAUUCCGGCAUGUCAACGCCAUUCAAGGACUGCGGGUCAAAGGCUGGUAAGAUUGAAUCAGUAGACAUCGCAACACCCGGCGGCCGCCAAGGGUUUCUUGUGCGAGGAAAAAAAGCAACUCUAACGGUUGUGUUCACUUCGUACAGCCAGAGCAAGACUGCUACUGGAAUAAUGAAGGGAGAUGUGGUCGUCUGGGUACCUUUCAAGCUUCCUAAUAAGGACGCAUGCACACAAGGAGUUACAUGUCCAAUGUCGAAAGGAGCAAGAUACACCUUUAAGACAUCCUUUGACAUACUUCAGGAGUAUCCAGCUAUUCGUUUGGUUAUGCAAUUGCAACUGAAGGACGACAACGACAAGGAUAUUGUAUGCAUACAAUUUCCAAGCGAAAUAAUGUAGCACAUUAACACUAUUAUACAAAAGCUUCGAGAUCAUCUCAAACUAAAUUCAACCCACUAGCUGGAAUUGUCUGACAGUGCUCACCACAGUAUUACAUUUGAUUUGUCGUUUUCCGUGUGUGAAUUCACUGCAUAACUCCUGAGGAAGAAAACCUUUACUGCAGGGCAUUUAAAUAGAUCGAAAAACUCUGCAUUUUGAUCUUUGAUGGAACAAAUAACAAUCCAGUCUAGGCACCCUGUUUGAACAUUUCAGCUGCUCUGUUAAUUUAGGUCAAACGAUGUCUUAACAUCCUCUCCGGCAUAGAAGCUUAAAUUGUACAAUGGUUCAUGGCCAGUCAUAUGAUAAGGCUAGACAUGCCAAUGUUUUAGUCCUAGGGAAACGGCGCCUUAGAAAAUCGUUAAGUUUAGUUUGAUGUUCCUGUUAGCAUAUACCAUAGCAUAGUAAAGUAGAGAGUGAAUAAAACAUGGUAUGCUUCUAAUAUGUGUGUUAAUUUAUUCAACUCCUAAGUGAUUCCGCGAUACUGUCGAGUUUGCCUAACACCAAAUAAGUGAGCUUUUUAUACACCAGUCAUCUUUUUGUACAGCAUUUUAAUACAUCUGUUUGUAGACAAACAUUUGCCUUACAGUUGGGGUUGCCACUGUGUUUCAAUAUCAGUUUGUUCACAUUAUUAAUCAUGGUCCGGAUCAGCAGGUGGCGGCAGACGAAACCGCUC